UCGUUUUGUACUUCAUCUUUGUUUUGCAGGAAUGGCUGCUGCUAGGAGAAAGCUUACAGUAGUUGGAGAUGACUGCUCUGGUAAGACGUGCCUCCUCUUCGCUCUGCGUCGCAAUCAGCUCCCCACAUUCUAUGAGCCAACCCUGUUUGACACGUAUGCCACUGACAUAGAGGAAGAUGGGAAGGAGAUGAAGCUGUUUCUGUUUGACGUGUCAGGAAAAGAUGAAGCCAGUUACCGAAAUCUCCGCUCGGUGUUCUAUGAGGACACCAACAUUAUUUUAAUAUGUUUCUCAGUGGACAGGCCUGACUCACAGCAAAACGUCCUUGACUUUUGGGUUCCAGAAAUCAAACUGUUCUGCCCCACGGUUCCUAUUAUUUUGGUGGCUACCAAGAUUGAACUGAGGGAUGAUAAAGCUAUCAGGAAGAAAUUAGCUGCUCAGGGCUAUGAGCCAAUUAACACUGUAGAAGGAAAAGCUUUAGCAGCCAGGAUUGGGGCAUAUGCUUACCUGGAGUGUUCUGCCAAGACAAAAGAAGGUGUUGAUACCGCCCUGGAGAUAAUUAGCCAAUGUGCAUUAAAUGAGAAAAAGAGGAGAAAGAAGCGCCAAAGGUCCUGCCAAAUUUUGUAAGAGGCACAAAUAUUAUUUUGUUUUUAGUUUUCAUUAUGUGGAAGAGUGAGUAGAUGUCUUUGAUGCUGCUGUGUGGGUGCUGUAAGGGCUUUUGUGGUACAAGAUGGAAAAAACAUGUAUGUGGAUGGAAAGUCUGCCAAGUCUCUCACUUGAAAAGUUGAAUUUGUUUCCUUCUCCAAAGCAGGCUGAAGAACACAAUUCCAGGUUCGAGCUGAGCACAAGUCUUGAGAAAUGGAAAUGAACAAGCUACAGUUCUUCACAGAGUUGUCUUGGUCAAGGGACAUAUAUGCAGACUGGGGCAAUCAUGAGUGCAUGGAGCACUUGCAGGCUGAAAACAUGAAGUAAAAGGAAUGCUGACAGCUACACUCUCUGCUUUGCAAGUCAUUGGCAAUUUGGAAAGAGACUAAAACGUGCUGUCAACCUCAGCAGAGAAUCUCAGGGAAGCACAGAGAUGAGGCAAAAAGGAACGACUUUGGGUGCACCUCCAUACUCUUCCCUUCUCUGAAGCACUCUGCUGCCAGCCCAAGAAACUGAUUUACGGACUGACAUUAAAGGUGCAAGUGUGGGAGACAGAAGAUAAUGUAACUAUGGGAUUUGGAGACAGAUGCUAUAACAGGAAAUGGACAUAAAAAUUUCAAAGGUAAACUCUGAUAAAGGGACAGGACUAAUUGAGCAUAACUGUUGUGAACUGGGAGAAUGUGGAAGUGCAGUACUUUCUUUUGCUGACUUACCUAGUGGUGGUUUCAUCACUCAGCAGCGUGUCUAAAGUUUCCCAGGGGAAAACAAGACUAAACACAAAAUGUUACGCUGAUUAUGCAACCUGCACCUGUACCUUAGCAAACUAGUUUUCCCAGACCUGGUAAAAUACACACUUCAUAUUUUAAUUGCCCAUUCUUCCCACCAACAUUUGUCUAUUGAUGGUAACGUGGAUAGAAAUGCCAGACUUGGCCAGGUAUUAUUGAGUGGGUUGCUGCUACUUCUUAGUAGUAGGUUUGAGUAACAAAUGCUUUAAGGAUGAUGCUUUACAUUUCCAAAGAAUCUCUGAGCUCUAUUCAACUUGAAUUACGAAUCCAUCUCUUGGUGAUAAAAAAGUGUUAUUUCCAUUUUCAAAACUGAGAAACUUAAAUUGUUGCCUAAAGUAAGUGUGAACCAUCUACUACAUGGAGUUCCUGUUUUUCUUGACUCAUUUUCUUCACCUUUUCCCUUUUCCCUCCAGAGACAAUUUUUCACCUCGAUUUCUUCCCCUCUGUGUAAUAAUCCCCUCUAUGCAACUUGAUAUUGUACACAAAUUUAAAACCGUUUUCCCCUUCCUCCUUGGAUGUGUGUUCUGUGCAUAAGUGCUCUACAGAUUCAGGCAAUGACAUACAUUAGUGCAUUUCAAAGAGCUGUGUUUAUGUAGAUAGGUUUAAAUUGUUAUUUCCAUUUUAUAUGUGUGGGUGAGGAGGAUUAGACUGCAGAUAGGUGAAAGAACACAGGUGUUUCAUAUGCUUCUGAUGUAGGGUAUGGAGAAAGACCACGUUGCAAAGAUGCUAAGCACUGAGAGCUCCCACUGCUUGGAAAGCACAACCACUUUGGUGAAUCUGAAGUUACACUGCCUGCUGCUUAGUAGGAUAUGGGUCAGCGUAUUGGCUGGAAUCUGUUUUCAAUCCAAGAAAACAAGGAGUUUUUUCUUGCAGAGGGUGCUUUGCUCAAGAAAAGAGUAGCUGAUCAAUGGCUGUAUGUCCAAGUGGAGGUGAGUCACAAGUGGUGUCCCUCUGGGGUCCAUCUUGGAUGGUGCCCUUCAGCACCUUUAUCAGACCAAGGCAGUGGGAUCGAGACUGUCCUCCUUAUGUUUGAUGAAGACACCAAGCAGAGUGGUGCAGCUGAUAAAACAGCAGGAAGGGAUGGCAUCCAGAGGGACCUGGACGGGUUUGAAAAGUGGGCCCGUGUGAACAUAAUGAGGUCGGAGCAAUCCCAGGUUUGAGUACAGACUGAGAGAAGAACUCAUUGAGAGCAGUGCUGAGGAGGAGGACGCGGGGGUUCUGGUGGAUGAAGAGCUGGACACACGCCAGCAGUGUGCUUCUGCAGCCCAGAAGGCCAGCGGUGUCCUGGGCUGCAACAAAAGAGGGGCAGCCAGCAGGGAGAGAGACAGGAGCAUUUCCCUCUGCUCUGCCCUUGUGAGGCCCCGUCUGGAGUGCUGUGUCCAGGCCUGGGGCCCCCA